CCGUAACCAAAACAAUAAUGGCGUCCUGGACGGACGUUAACGCUCGAAUUUGCGGGCAAGAAAUGGUCAAAUAUGAUCUGGAAAUAAAAGCUCUCAUCCAGGACAUCAGGGAUUGUCAUGGACCUCAGCCUGUGCUCACAAAGCUCAACUCUCAGGUCAAAGAGAAAUUCAUCAAGCUGAGGCUCAGGAUACAGGAUCUGGAGCAGAUGGCCCAAGAGCAGGACGAAGAGUUGACCAGACUGGCUAUCCUCGCAGAAACAGAAAGCCAGAAACACCAAAUGCUCAGUAACCAGACAGCGUGGAGGAAAGCUAACUUGGCUUGUAAACUCGCUAUAGACAACAUGGAAAAGGACGAGCUGCUGCACGGUGGAGAAAACCAGAGUACCAGUCCGAGGAGGGCAACAAAAGAAAGCGUAGUGGAAACAAGCAGCAACUUCACAGAGUCCCUGAUGUCCAUCAGCAGGAUGAUGUCUCAACAAGUGAAGCAGACUGAAGACACCAUUGGUACUUUAGCCACCUCCUCGAGAACGGUGCAUGAAACCAACGAGGAGUUCAAAAACAUGAAGGGAACCAUCCACCUAGGCAGGAAGCUGAUCCUAAAGUACAACCGGAGGGAGUUGACAGACAAGCUGCUUAUCUUCCUGGCUUUUGCCCUCUUCUUUGCCACGGUCCUCUACAUCCUCAAGAAGCGCCUCUUCCCCUUCAUUUAGAGCUCCAGCUGAGUUCUGUUUUAGCUCAUAAGAG